CGGCCGCCGGAAGAGGAAGUUUCGCCUCCGAACGCUCCCUCGCUCGUCCGAAUUCGGUGGCGCCACGUCCGCCGGUCUCCGCCUUCUGCACCGCGACCCGAGCUGCUUCCGCCUCGACACCUUCCACUCACGAAGCCGGCUGCGGCGUGAAGGGGCUACGACAGGGAGUCGGGUGACUCUGCGCAUCCUGGCCAGCUAACAGGCGAAGAUGUCGGACAUCGGGGACUGGUUCAGGAGCAUCCCAGCCAUCACGCGCUAUUGGUUCGCCGCCACCGUUGCGGUGCCCUUGGUCGGUAAACUCGGUCUCAUCAGCCCGGCCUACUUCGUCCUCUGGCCCGAAGCCUUUCUCUACCGAUUCCAGAUUUGGAGACCAGUCACUGCCACCUUUUUCUUCCCUGUGGGUCCAGGAACUGGAUUUCUUUAUUUGGUCAAUUUAUAUUUCUUAUAUCAGUAUUCUACGCGACUCGAAACAGGUGCUUUCGAUGGGAGGCCGGCAGACUACUUAUUCAUGCUCCUCUUUAACUGGAUUUGCAUCGUGAUUACCGGCUUAGCGAUGGACAUGCAGUUGCUAAUGAUCCCUCUGAUCAUGUCAGUGCUUUAUGUCUGGGCCCAGCUGAACAGAGAAAUGAUUGUGUCGUUUUGGUUUGGAACACGAUUUAAGGCCUGCUAUCUACCCUGGGUUAUCCUUGGAUUCAACUACAUCAUCGGGGGCUCGGUAAUCAAUGAGCUCAUUGGAAAUCUGGUUGGACACCUUUAUUUCUUCCUAAUGUUCAGAUACCCAAUGGACUUGGGAGGAAGAAAUUUUCUAUCCACACCUCAGUUUCUGUACCGCUGGCUCCCUAGCAGGCGAGGAGGGGUGUCGGGGUUCGGCGUGCCCCCUGCGAGCAUGAGGCGAGCUGCUGAUCAGAAUGGUGGAGGCGGCAGACACCACUGGGGACAGGGUUUUCGGCUGGGGGACCAGUGAAGGAGUGGCCUCUGGCCUGCCCACCAGCCACUCUGCUCAGUUGAAUUUUUCCUCCCAGUGCUGGGCGUGCUUAACGCUCGAGUUCUGGCAGACACUGGUGGACCUGACCCACACUGAAUGUAGUCUUUCAGUACAAGACAACAUUUUUUAAAUGCUGAAGGAAAAUAUAAGUGUUCCUCAAGUUUUCCUGAUUCUCAUUCAAGUCCUUACUGCUAUGAAGAACAAACGUCAACUGUGCAAAGUUCAGAAAUGACUCUAGUUUGGGGCGUCUCCUCUUCCUUUUCCAUCUGAAUAAUGGGUUUUGGUAGGUCCUUGUCUGCUUUCACCAACCUGGGCAUCGGGUUGGGCCACCAAAUCUUUGUCAAAGGGACUCUUGCCUGUUCCUUGCACACAUCCCUUCCUCCUACUUUUUUCCAACCCCCAGACUUGCAACUAGAGGAGGCUGCCCAUAAACUGGUUCUGCCUUUGACAAGCUCUCUUAUUUAUUGACUUUUGCCAAGGCUUGGUCACGAAAAGCGUGUGCAAACCUUUCUUCCCUUGGGUGGCAGAACUGUAACAAUAGGGGGAAGACUUGGAACAGCGGAUGAAGAGCUUCUCGGCUUUUACAGUCGCUGGGACCUGGUAUCCCAAUUGCAACCCUUGCCACCGUUUCAGAAGUUUUUAUUUUAAAAAGCACUGCUGGGUCAGCAGCGGCCGCAGAUUGGUGUUAAUAAGGCAUGAAGGUUGUUGCUAGGCAUUUUUUCCUAAGUGAUCACAGCCAUAGUGGAGUUGCAUCUUACCCAGGUUUAAUCCUUGGUGAGCAUAAUCCCAUUGCAUCUCACAUGUAAGGCACACUGGUGUGUGUGUGUGCCCAGAGUAUAGCUGGAUUGUAUUGUGCUAGAAAGUUCCAAAUCACAUUUGUCACAGGGAGAUGCUGUCUUUGAAAGGCCCCUGGGCAUUGAUUCCAUUUCAUUCUCAUCCUGGGUAUAUGUUUAUGGAAUAGAGUGUUGGGGAGAACCUUAUACCCUAUUUAAAUUGUCAUUUUUUUGCCCUCCUCCCUUGAAUGGCCAAAUACUUCAGUUAAUUGUGAGGAGGGCAUAGCUCCUCCAUACAAAGAUCAUAUUUUAAGAACUAAUAUAAGCACAUAUAGGUGAAUCACAUAAUUUUGGGUUGUAAUGGCUUUAGAAUCAUUGUGUUUGAGGGUCUUUAUCAUUUUGAGUUGUGAAUGUACAUCAGACCAGUGUAAAUACCCACAACUCCUUUCUCAUAGGUGGCCUUUUCCAUCAGAUCUAGGCAUGUUGCAGAAUUAAGUUUUUGAAAGGCUAUGGGGUUUCAUACAGUUUCUCAUCUGAUGUUUUAUUCCAAAAGCAAACUGCUAGGAGCAGCGUUGAGUGGCUGCCAUACUUUAGUGAACUAAAAUGGCUUUGAACAUCUUGACCACGUUUCUCUCGAGGAAACAUGGCGCGCUAACAGGAUGACCACCCGUUGCCCCACUCUUAACCCGCUCUGUGUGUUAUCCUAGGAUGGGGGGUUUGAAAACAGCGCCUUGUUUUUAAUCAGGUUUGUGUGUACUUCUCCACAUUUAAUUUAUAUGGCAAAAUAGGAGGUGGGAAGACUGAACCUUAGCUGUCAUACAUUCUGUUCUUGACCUGUGGCCACAAUAAAAUGUACUUGUACAUUUCCCUGUUACGUUGCUUGUGCACUCAUUGUCCCGGAGUAGACCCUCGUUGUCAGACGACCUCGUGGUAAGUGGACUGGAGUCUCUUCUGUGCCCUCUUAGCAACGCAGCUGCCUGAGAGCCGAGGUUUUUCUACUGGUUGUUACAGAGUCCUUUAAGGCAAAAUGUUCAUUACAUUCUCUUAGAUGUAUUUAGGAAGCUGAUGAUUUGAUUAAUCUUGUCUGGAUUACCUAUCUCUUGGGAAUAAUUUUAGCUAAGCAGGCUAUUUGAGAUUUGAUUUGGCAAGGCAAGACAUGACAGUGGAUUCUCUUUAUGAAUGAAAAAAAAUCCUUAUUUUGUAUAGAGAAAUUUUCUUUUUGUAACUAAUCAUUUUUAUUGGUAAACAUUGUAAAUUAAAAUGUACAACUUGACCAUUGUCUGUCAUAAGUUUCUCUACCUCUCCUUUGCUCCCUCUUUGAGAUGCUACGUC